GCGAUCGCUAGCAUCACACUUCGCUGGCGCGUUUACAAUUCUGUCGGGGUCCGCUUCAAGAUGACUUCUUCCUUCGCUUUGGUCCUUCUGCUCGGCGGCAUGGCAGUCUGUGUCGCCACGGGAGUUUUCGGAGGCUACAGCGAGAGGGCGAACCACCAAGCCAACCCGGAGUUUCUGAACCUGGCUCACUACGCGACUUCGACUUGGUCCGCUCAGCAGCCCGGCAAAACUCACUUCGACACCGUAGCUGAGGUGCUCAAGGUAGAGACGCAGGUUGUUGCUGGAACCAACUACAGACUGACGCUCAAGGUCGCAGAGUCGACCUGCGAACUCACGUCCACGUACAACAAGGACACCUGCCUACCCAAAGCAGACGCGGCGCACAGGACUUGCACGACUGUCGUUUUCGAGAGCCUGCAGGGAGAAAAGUCCGUCAGCUCCUUCGAGUGUGAAGCCGCAUAGAAGUCCAGCUGUCUUAUUGACCCUCCAUUGUUUGUCACGUGAUGAUUGCAUCGUCUUCGAUUGCUUCUCGUUGCUUUCUGUCUCGUCCUCUUGGGGCGAACUUAUUUUGUCAUUCGUGACAAUAUGACACGUAUACGGGCUCAAUCGUCUUCUAGACAGAGGGGUUUUUGUUGUGGCCUGGUUGCGUUUUUUUAGCAGCCUUAACGACUUCGGUCGAACAUGUUUUGCAAGGGUGGAGGUGCAAAUAAACCUUUAUUUCUGGGAAUGAUGCUAAGUUUCUACUACACUUGUAAUAAAAAAAAAUCUGCCGACAAGUU